UUUUUAGUUUUCUUAUUUUUUAAUUUUCUCUCAUCACCGCACUCGCGAUGUCGCUGUACAUCGAGGCGGCCACGAUCCUGACGUCGACGAGCGGGUCACUAAAGUCGCGCAUAUACCACCGCUCCCCCAGCAGCGAAGAAACGCCGCCGUUCAAGUCGCCGCCCGCGAGACUGUACGCCCUCAUCGUUGAGACCCUGAAACAUCAGGACAUCCUCAAUGAGGUUAUUGCCAACAGCGGGAUUUUGGGGUUGGAGAGGAAGCUAUCCCACCCGCUCGCGCUCCUCCUUCUGCACGACCAGCUCCUCACCCGCGGCGGGAUCGCGACCUCCAGCGGCCCGCUCAAGAACGCCGUGCUGAAGCACAAAGCGCGGCUGUCAGCAGAAUUCACACGGGCGCGGAUCCGGCGGGGGCACGGUACAUUAUCCUCGCUGCUAGCCGCGGCGAACAAAGCGGCCGCAUCCAAGAUCCCGCGGUGGGUGCGGAUCAACACGCUCAAGACCGCGGGCGUCGAGGCGGCGAUCGCCGAGGGGUUUGAGGACUACACGGCCGUCGCAACGAUCAAGGAGCUGUUUGCCGAGGAUGGCGGGAAGGAGAAAAGGGUCUACUACGUGGACCCCAUCGUGCCAAACCUGCUCGCGUUCCCGCCCGGCGCGGAGUUGACGACGCACCAGAUGUACGUGGACGGCAAGCUAAUCCUGCAAGACCGCUCGUCGUGCCUUCCCGCGCACCUCCUGGCCGCGACGGGCACCGGCGCAAGAGUGGUGGAUGCCACUGCCGCGCCGGGGAACAAGACGACACACAUCGCGGCGCUGCUUGGCCCGGGGGGAAGAGUCGUCGCUUUUGAGAAGGACACGCGGCGCGCCGAGGUCCUAAGGAAGAUGGUUGCGCGAGCUGGCGGCGACGGAGUCAUCGACAUCAAAGCCGGCGCGGACUUUCUCAAGGCUGAUCCGGCGUCGCAGGAGCUGCGCGCGGUCACGCAUCUCCUCCUCGAUCCGAGCUGCAGCGGGAGUGGCAUCGUGGGCCGCGAGGAGUACACGCUCGCCCCACUAGCUGCUGCUGCGCCGGAGGUGAAGGGCGGGAAGAAACGGAAGCGCGGCGCGGAAAAGGAAAAGGCAAAGGAAAAGCCCGUGCCCAUCGUCGUCGCCGCCGCCGACGAGGCAGAAGAACAGGAGGAGACGAAGGAAGAGCUGGAGAAAUCCCGCCUGUUGGCGCUGGCGGACUUCCAGGAGUCCAUGGUACUGCACGCAAUGACCUUCCCGGCGGCACGGAAGAUCACGUACUCCACCUGCUCGAUCCACGCGGAGGAGAACGAGGACGUCGUUGUGGCCGUGCUGGCUCACGAUACGGCGAGAAGCAGGGGGUGGCGCGUGGAGAGGAGGGAGGAGGGGACCCUAAAGGAGUGGGAGAGGCGUGGGUGGCCGAAUAGGUGCAAUGGCGAUGAGAUCGUUGCGCAGGCGUGUGUACGCUGUAAUCCGGUCGAGGAUGGAGGCAUUGGGUUCUUUGUGGUCGCGUUCGUGAGGGAUUCUGCGGAGGAGCCUGAGGAGACACCUGCGGUGCCGGUGGCGGAUAAUGAAGAGGAGGAGUGGGGUGGGCUCAGUGAUUGUGAGCCAGCGGACGUUGUACCGCAAACGGCAACUGAGGCUGUCUCGGCCGUGAAGAAGAAGAAGAACAAGAAGCGGCAGAAGAACAAGUGAUCAAGAUAGCAUAGCAAUAGAACACUUCCUCGGAUGAUAAUGUGUGAUACAUGUGCUUGAAUAACUUCAUC